UUUUAUUCUUGUGAAAAUUCUUAAUAAAAAUUAUUAAAUAUAUAAAAAGAAAAUCCCGAGUUCAUUUGGAAAUUUGGUGAAGCAUUGUAUUGGGGUGGCUCACAUCUGAGCUAUAAUAUGAAGAAAAUUUAGACAAUAGGGUUUUUCUUUCUGUUAAUCUUUCCUACAACCUUUGUGUUCUUCCCCCCUCCCCACAACUUGUUCAAGAGGAUCUUCCAACUCUGCAGAUCAAAUAUUAAAGAAUAUAGGGGCAUCCUGCAGAUGGAACCUAUUCUACUGAAAUUAUGUAUUUUUAAUAGCCAAUUACCCUAAUCAGCAAAAAACAAAACUUUUGCCACAAGCUUAUAAGUGUAAAAAGGGGGACACAGUACAUAAAGGAUGCACAACAUUGUUCUUUAUGUAAGCCAUGGGGAUUGCACUCAUAGAAGCCAAUAAAUCUGCACAGUGAAAUGCAUUAUGAAAUCCUUUGCAUGGUGAAGGAAUUCAAAUUGUUUCUCUCUAGAAGACAGGGUUCUUAUAACAGUCACUUUAAACUGAACAAACAAUCCCAUCCUUCUUACAAUACCUAAAGAACCAAGGACCUGCGGACAGCCUUUAUUUUCUGCGCACACAGCUAAGGAAAACUGAAAUUCCUCCAGUAGAUUAUAUACAAUACAUUGUAUUCUCUGAUUAUCUGCUUGAAGAGAAAGCAUCACCUGCACGAAAGCAAUCAAAAGAGAAAAUCAGUCUCUCUCUCUCUGCUUGAUGUCAAGGGGUUAAAGUCACACCAGGUUCCAGAAAACGGUUCCUUCCAAGUCAGCAUCUGGCUGCUGCCUGCGGUUAGUGGGAAGGAUUUUGCUUUUUAAUAGCAUUAUAAAUAGGGCUGUGUUCAACAUGCUGCAGACUUAUGUCCUCUUUCAUCCAACCUUCUCCCGCGUCCUGUAGCUGCUGCUCCUCCUCCCUGCACAUCUACCACAGCUCUCUAGACAUGGACCGAUCAAACUUCUUGCUCAAAUUCAUCACCUUGCUUAUAUGUCUUCUUCCCGUUCUUCAGGCCUGUCCUCAGAAUUGUCACUGUCAUGGAGGAGACCUCCACCAUGUCAUUUGUGACAAUGUUGGACUGAGAAAGAUUCCCAAAGUAGCUGAGCAGACCCGGCUUCUCAAUCUGCAGAGGAACAAUUUCCCUGUGCUGCCAACCAAUGGUUUCAGAGAGAUGAAAAAUCUUGUAUCUCUUCACCUCCAACAUUGCCACAUCAAAGAAAUCUCCAGCGGAGCUUUCCGGGGCCUGAAGCAGUUAGUCUACCUUUACCUGUCAAAUAAUGACAUCAGUGUCAUAAAGACGGGAGCUUUUGAUGACCUGACAGAACUUACUUACCUCUACCUAGAUCAUAACAAGAUCUCUGACCUGCCCAAGGGGAUCCUCUCUCCACUGAUUAAUCUUUUCAUCCUGCAGCUAGGUAACAACAGGCUCCGAGAGUUGAGAUCAGGAGCCUUCCAUGGUACUAAGAACCUUCGCUGGCUCUAUCUCUCUAAUAACUCAAUCUCCUCCAUCCAACCUGGGGCCCUGGAUGAUGUGGAAAACCUAGCCAUAUUCCACUUGGAUAAGAACCAGCUGAUCAGCUAUCCAGCGGCUGCAAUGAGCAAAUUAAGGGUGGUGGAAGACCUGAAGCUCUCAAACAACCCAAUGAAGGUCAUUCCAGAUUUAGCCUUCCAAUCUUUUGGGCGGUACAUGGAGACCCUCAGCUUGGACUACAUGGGAUUAGAAAAGAUUUCAGAUAAAGCAUUUGCUGGCACAACUGCACUGAAGCACGUUCACAUAGAGCACAACAAAAUUUCCAGUCUUCCUAGGAGCUUUCCAUUCAGCCGUCUUGAGACACUCUCCCUGUCCAAUAACCCUUGGCAUUGUUCUUGUCAGCUGGCACCUUUGCGCAGGUGGCUGGAGUCUACUCGUUCUCGCCCAGAUGCAGUCUGUGCAUCACCUGCUCAGGCUCGAGGACAGCAGAUUCGAGACACUGCUGCACUCCGCAGCUGCAAACUUCCCUCUAAGAGAUCCAAAAAAGGAAAUCGCCAUUAAGCAGGCAAUUGAGUUUUUCCUU